AUGAGGCAAAGUUGAGAGCCCAGGAGCAAGAAAAUGAAAGACUUAGGAAAGAAAAGGAACGAAGACGCAUAAAAGAGCUUCAAGAAAAAGAGGAAUUAAAACAACGUUCUGCUGAAUUGAAGGAGACAAGAACAAUACUGAAUGAACACAGACUUAGUUUACAACAAAUUGAAUUAGAAUGCAGAAAUGAUUAUGCAUGGAAAAGAUAUUUUCGUUGUGAUGGUUCACCAAAUCCAAGUAUUGAAAAAGAAAUCAAUACAUUUAUGAGUUUAUGGGAUUUAAAUGAACAACGUACAUCUAUGGAAGACGUAAUGGAUGAUUGUGUUGAAAGUUUAAAGCUUAUAGAUGAAUUGAGUAAGUUAAUUUCAGAAUUAGGUGAUAAUGAAGAAGACAAUAAAAUUCGUAUAAAAUAUGAACAAACCCAACAUGAACUUAGACAACAGGUGCAUAGUAAACUAGAUCGUGCUACAGUUGAAACCUUGUCAAGAGCUGUUCAUUAUGCUGAUCGUGAAACAUCAAAUUUACAAAAAAUUUGGUAUAAUAAUUGGAUUGUAAUGUGUAUAUGGGGAAAUUUAUCUAAGAAUCCAAGAAUACGAAAUUUCACAUUUCCUGAUGUUGAUAUCACCUUUGAUAUACCAAAAGCACUGACACUUUCAGAUUGUGCAUUUCUGAUCACCUUUAUGAAAUUUGAUAAUUAUUCUGUGGAAUGUCAAUCGUAUUAUCCGUAUAAAAAGCCUAAACCAAUUAUGAAAUCAACAAAUUCUGAAGAAAUUAUACAACAAGACAGUACUAUGCCUAUUGAUGGUGAUUAUCAAUUAAGUGAUACGAAUAAAAAAGAAGAAGAUUUAUUGCUUGAUGACGAAGAACAAGUGACUGAAGUAGAAGAAAUUAUUGAAAUACCUCUAGAAGAUCGAAUCCCUACACCAGAGCCUGAUGAAUGGAUGACAGUCAGUAUGGAAGAGGAUGCUGUUGAUUUAGGCAAUUACCAUGUAGUUGGUGGGGUAAUCCGUUUCGAUCUUGUCACACUACCAAGACAACCAAAGUCUGGAAGAGGAUGGACUAUAACCACAUGUGUAAAACCACCGAAACUUCGUCCAUUUGAAUAUGUAGUUGAUGAAACUCACAAGACUUUUGAAUCAGUAGGAUUGGAAUUAAAAACUGAAGGCGAAUCAACAGUUGGCGAAAUGGCACGUAAACAAGGGAAGGAUAAAAAGCCUCCAGUUCAAGUGAAAAUACGUCUGCCAAAAUGUAUCAUCUUAGCAGAAGAUCCAGUACUAGCCAGAUGGGAUCCAGAGAAAUCUCAAUGGCGUACAAGCGGUAUAGAAUUGAUUCGAUUUAAAGAAGACGAUAAUACAAUAUUAUUUCGUACAAGUGUAUUCGGUACAAUGGCAAUAUUUCAAGAUUAUCAUAUCAAUAUGCCAUUCCAGUGUUGGGAAUUACGUCCAUUGCCUAUGCGAAUUGGUAAACCGACUGAUGCACAGAAUUCCAUCACACCAGUUUCAAAUGAUUUGCCUACAAAUAAUUUAGAUGGUACAUUCGCUGCUGUCCCGUUGGCUACAGCAAUCGGUCAACAGCAACAACAACAACAACCAUCUUCAAUGUAUAAAUCGAAUUUACCAACAUUGAAAACUACUAAUACUGCUGAAAAUAUUAAAGAUAAAGACGUCUCUAUUGGCAGUAUGCCUGAAGUAUUAGCAACAGACCACAUAAAGGAUGGGCAAACGGAUAGCACCAAAGAACACAUGAUUCUUGGUCCAGUAACAACAAUUGGCUUGUCGAAUGAAGCUUACCUCUCUGAAUUAUCCAAUACAAAUCAAUGCCUACUGACAAUCACUGGUGGUGUCAUUGAAAUACGCCUACAUAUUCUUGGGGAUAGAAUAGCUAUACUUCCGAGUAUUCCAGAAGUGAUGACACGUACAGACGUUGAUUCACCGUUAACUGGUGCAGCAACAUCAGCAGCAGCAGCAACAACAGCGGCAGCAGCAGCAACAGCAUCAUCAGCUACAAGUGUAGUCGGUGGCGUCGGAGGUGGAGGCGGUGGAAGUAGUAGUGUUGGUGGUGGUGUUACAGGAGCUUCUGUUGGUACAGGAUCAGGUAGUGUAAGUGGAGCUGGUGGUGGGAGUGAAACAGAACAGAAUGGGGCAGAUUUAUUAAAUCAUACAAAACGUGAAUUGAAUCAUUUAUGGGGUAAAUGGUAUACAGUAGAUGAAUUGAUUACGGUGCUUCAGCUAUCUGGUGUCAAUUUGUUUCCUAGAGAAGAUUCAGUUAGCCGGAUUGAAUGUCUUAAAAAGAAUCCUUUAAUUGAAGAAUCUCUGUAUGAGAAUAUGGCACUGUUAAGUCCAUCAGUAGCAUUUGGUUGGUCCAGAUGGAAUUCAGAAUGUCGUGAUCAUAGUACAAUUGUUUUAACAGCUGUUGAACAUGUGGACAGUGAAGAAUCAGUUGAUGAGGAAUCAUGGAAAGUUUACAGUGUAACAAGACACAAAGUUUUACAGCUGAAAAUGAAAGAAUACGAUGAACAAUACAAUCCUAUGCCGAAUUCAAGUCAACAGUUCCAUGCUGAUUUUUACCACAUGUAUUUUGAUUUUGGAUCUGAGGAAGGCAAACGAAGAGUUGAACAAAUCGAUUUAAAAUACUUUAAAACUGUAAAGAAAUUACUUCAAGCUACUCGACUACUAGUGUUCUCAUGA